UGUGACAUAAUUAAGACUUCAUGACAACACAAAGGAAAUAGACGAAGAAAAAAAAAAUUGACACUACAAAAAUAGAAGCGGAAGAAGCGCGCAAUCGAAGGUUGAGACGCCAUGACCGGGGGCUGUUGGAAGGCCAUUCCUUUAUCUUGAGAGAAAAGCAGUGAUCCAGAUUAUAAUGAGACAAAAGAAAUAAAACUGUCAAAAUUUUGCUAAAGUCCAAAAUCUCCACCAUGAACAACGGCCCCUCUACUACUAACAACGACGACAUCAGCGAUUCCCAUCGCCUUGUCCGUGUCUACGCCGAUGGGAUCUACGACCUCUUCCACUUUGGCCACGCUCGCUCCCUCGAACAAGCCAAGAAAUCGUUUCCCGAUACGUAUUUGCUGGUUGGAUGUUGCAAUGACGAAACAACCCAUAAGUACAAGGGCAAAACUGUUAUGAACGAAGCAGAGCGUUACGAAUCCCUUCGCCAUUGCAAGUGGGUUGAUGAAGUCAUUCCUGAUGCUCCAUGGGUGAUCAAUCAAGAAUUUCUAGAUAAACACAAAAUUGACUAUGUGGCUCAUGACUCACUUCCCUAUGCUGAUGCCAGUGGAGCUGGGAACGAUGUGUACGAGUUUGUUAAAGCUGCUGGGAAGUUCAAGGAAACAAAACGAACUGAUGGGAUUUCUACGUCAGAUAUUAUAAUGAGAAUUGUUAAAGAUUAUAACCAGUAUGUGCUUCGUAACUUGGACCGAGGAUAUUCAAGGAAAGAGCUUGGAGUUAGCUAUGUGAAGGAAAAGAGAUUGAGAGUGAACAUGAGACUGAAGAAACUACAUGAAAAAGUAAAGGAACACCAAGAAAAAGUAGGAGAAAGGAUACAAACUGUUGCCAUUUAUCGUAAUGCGUGGUUGGAAAAUGCUGACCGCUGGGUUGCUGGAUUUCUUGAAAUGUUCGAAGAAGGUUGCCACAAAAUGGGCACUGCAAUCAGAGAUCGAAUCCAGGAGCGGUUGAGGGGGCAGCAAUCAAGGGAUUCCACAUAUCUGCUGCAAAACGGUGAGGGUGAAGAAGACGAAGAGUAUUAUUACGAUGAUGAUGAUGAUUAUGAUGAUGAUGAGGAGGAGGAAUACUACGAUGAUGAAGAAUAUUAUGACGACGAGAAAGACAAGAAAAAUGAAAAAGAAAAGAAAUAAAUUUGUUUCUGCAUGCUUGCAGAUUCCUGUUUACUACUUUAGGGUACCGUAAAGUAGUAAAUGGUAGCUGUGGAAUGUGUGAUAUGUUGAUGUUAUAGCUAAAUCGAGCCAGGCCCUUGAGUAGAAAGCCUUUUCUUUCCUAAUUUUUUUACCCAUGUUUCUAUGUUGGGCAGAAAAGUUGUCUCCCAGUCAUACCUGAAAUUGCUGUCCCACCAGUUUUUGCCUUGGAGCUUCCCUGUUCUUGUCAUCUAAGUUGUAAGAUGCAAGGGGUUAUACAACUUUUCGAUCUCACAUGCAGGAUAAGCAUGGUUUUUUUUAUUACAUCUAGAACUGAGCCUUAUUCAUAUUUUUUUUUGUACAAAGGCGGUUGUGCAGCCUGAAGAUAAAGGAUGACAGAUUUUGUAAACUUUUUCUUAAUGAAUAGUUAUUGUAUAGUUUACUAAUAUAGAAUGACAUAUUUUGAAAACAAAA